AUGGGCUUCGACUUAAAGAUGCUCCUGGGCUGUGGAUUCGUCCUUGUCCUGCUUCUGGCGAGUUUGUCAUCCGAAGCGGAGCCCUCACGCCACUGCUACGGAAUACCAGGCCUGCCCGGUGUGCCAGGCGUUUCGGGAAAGGAUGGCAGAGACGGCCAGAAAGGAGCCAAGGGAGAGCCAGGCAAACCAGCUGUAUAUGGAAGCCAAGGUCCUCGGGGGGAGCCAGGAGACCCUGGUCUUCCAGGCAUACCUGGGAAAAAUGGGCCCAGAGGUGCUGUGGGUGAGCCAGGGGAUCCUGGCCCGAAGGGGAUGGUCGGCGAAGUGGGGGAGACCGGCAGCUACAAGCGGAACCAUCAGUCGGCCUUCACCGUAAUGCGCCAAACCAGCCAGUACCCCGAGAAGAACACCCCAGUGAUCUUCAACCGAGCCGUCACCAACAUCAACGGCGACUACGACACCAAUACCGGCAAGUUCACCUGCCGCAUCCCCGGCCUCUAUUACUUCACCUACUACACCUCCCACACGGCCAACCUCUGCGUGAACAUGUACCUGAACCGGGAGAAGGUGGCCAGCUUCUGCGACCACAUGGCCAACACCAAGCAAGUCAGCUCCGGUGGCGUCCUCCUGCAGAUGCUGGCGGGGCACCAGGUGUGGCUGGCGGUCAACGACUACAACGGCAUGGUGGGCAUCGCAGGCUCUGACAGCCUCUUCUCGGGCUUCUUGCUCUUCCCAGACUAG